AAGUGAAUGCGCUGCUGUUCUGCUGAAAGUCCAGCAGGGGGCAGCACCGGCGGCAGCAGGAAGUCCUUAUUUCUGUUUCCGUUAACGAAGCUUCCUUCCUUUCUGUUUGAGCUCACUAAAGAGACACUGUAAGACAUGGCUCCUCGUAAAGGGAAGGAGAAGAAGGAGGAGCAGGUGAUCAGCCUGGGUCCCCAGGUGGCCGAAGGAGAGAACGUGUUUGGCGUCUGCCACAUUUUUGCCUCCUUCAACGACACCUUCGUCCACGUCACAGACCUCUCCGGGAAGGAGACGAUCUGCCGUGUGACAGGUGGGAUGAAGGUGAAGGCCGACAGAGAUGAGUCGUCUCCCUACGCCGCCAUGUUGGCAGCACAGGACGUGGCGCAGCGCUGCAAGGAGCUGGGCAUCACGGCGCUGCACAUCAAGCUGCGGGCCACCGGAGGGAACAGGACAAAGACUCCUGGACCCGGAGCUCAGUCUGCGCUCAGAGCUCUGGCCCGGUCCGGCAUGAAGAUCGGACGCAUCGAGGACGUCACUCCGAUCCCAUCGGACUCCACCAGGAGGAAGGGCGGUCGCCGUGGUCGCCGUCUGUAAAGAGCUGUUUGAUUUUCACAAUAAAAGCCUCAGUUUGAACCC